AUGAAAAAAUGGUUUUUUACAAAAACAAAUAAGCAUAGAGGAACUCCUAGCAAAGCCAAUGCUGAUCUAAACUGUGACUUGAAAGAGCAUGAUUAUUGUCCAUCAAGGGAGCACAGCCAGACCACCAAAGAGAAGAUUUUCAAAAAUUUUGAGAAAUAUAAGCAACAGUCAAGAAUCAAGGUGAGAACUACAAGUAAUUGGAGCAAGAAGCUAGCAAUAAAUGACAAAUAAAAAGAAGCUCUUGCACACAAAUCAUCAGAGGUCCAAUGCUGGCAACCAAAGUGAUUAUGAUAGAUCAAUUAUUGAGUUUAAGAAAUUAGUUACUAAAUCUGUCAAGAAAUUACAUAAUUGGGACCAGAAGGACAGAAAAGCACCACAAAAACCUCUAAGGAAUACUCCUCAGAUCCUUGUGACUCCUAAGAAGAAGUAUUUAAGGAAAGAUAUGAUCAAAGUGUCAGUGGUGAACCCUUACAGUAAUGCUCAGAAGAAACAUUCUGUUAAGAAGAACUGGAAGAGUCUUCAUUUGGUGUCUAAUUGACAGCACCUCCCUCGGAGAAGGAGAAAAGGGAAUAAGCAGAGUUUUAUGAUAACUCAGAAGGUUAAUAAUUUGUACUACUCUUCGUUACGGAAAUAAAAUUGCUAAUAGCCACUCUACUCAGCAGAACAGCAGAGAUCAGUCGUUUGAGGAAUCUCCAUAUCGACUCGGUACUGUUAAGAACCGCGAUCAGUCAAGACUCAGAGGGUCUGGAAAGCAGACCAGGCUCGUAAAGUAUCUUACAGGUAUGCUGAGUAAUACAUCAAAUCCUCAAUUCAGGAAAACUUUUAAGCAGAUCCCAACUCCUGAUGUUAAAAAGUGAAUUAGUAUUAAGCGAAUCGAGAAUGUGGUGCCUAAGACUCCUGAAGUCAGAAAGACCCAGUACGGCAAUAUGCUGUGAAAGAAAAAGGCUGAUCCAGAAUUUGCUCACCAGAUCUUGAACAUUAGUAACUCUGUCAAUCUUACUAGUGGAAAGUUGUGGAAAGGCAAGGAUAUUAACCUAGAAAGAGACCAUGAGCAGAUAGAAGAAUCAGAUGUCUGUCCAAAAGAUGACGACUCAAUCAUAACAUUUGAGUAGAUGAAGAAGCAAUGUUAAAGCUCUUUUGAAAUCUGGUUUGGUAGGGUCUAAUUGAGACAUUAAAUUCCCGAGAGAACGUAAACACUUUUUUUAUACCUCAAUU